AUGCAGCUCUUCCUCCUCCUCCUCCUCCUCCUCCUGUCCUGCGUUUCCACGGGAGCAGCAGUGGCUGGUUGCCUCAGUGACCAGGACAAGGACAACCGGCCGAGGGAGAACUGCACUGCAGCCGGCUUCAGCGACAUCCCAGAGGGAAUCGAACCCACGAAAAAGGUCCUGUUGUUUCCCAAAAACCUGUUCUCCAGUCUGUCCUGGUCCUCCUUCCAGGUCUUCGCAGAGAUCUAUGAGAUCGACCUCACAGGCAACAAGGUUCCAGCGGUGACUCCAAGCGCUAGUCCGAUCCUCCCCACCCUCAGCGUUCUCAGGCUGGGCUCAAACCAUCUGACUACCCUCUCUGACGGCUCCUUCUCCGCCUGUCCUUAUCUGACUGAACUCUACCUGGAAAACAACGCCAUCAGCUCUCUGAGGGACCACACCUUCUCUGGACUAACCAAGCUGGAGAUCCUGGACCUGACAUCCAAUCACAUCAGGGUGCUUCCUGAUCUCAUGCUUCACCCCCUCCGAGCCAUAGAAACCCUCUUCCUUGAGAACAACAAGAUCAGCGUGAUGCCCGAUAACUGGUUUAGCCAAAAGGAGGAAGUACCAUACCUCUACCUCUCAGCCAAUCCCUGGGCAUGCUCCUGUUCCCUUAGUUACCUGCGCAGGUACCUCGAAGACUAUGAAUUCAAUGUCUAUGUGCGGGAUGGCCCUGAUAUCAAGGCUGAUGCAGAAAGUGUGGUGUGUGACUCUCCCCAGCAGCUCAAGGGUACACCUGUAAUAACACUGGAAGAAUCUGAUCUGUGUUCAGUACCGGGUCCAACUGGAGAUUUCGACCAACCAGCGACUAAAUACUCUACGAAAUAUUAUUAUACCACAACUGCUGUUCCUGCUCCUGUCCCAACUGCUACUUAUUCUCCUCCUGCUUACACAGCACUUACACAGUUAUACACCAUGUAUGACCGAGUAGUCACAUGGUCCUGGUCCAAAACAUUCACCAGUCUCAUUGAAUGGUCGGACUACUCAAACACAGAGGUAGCAACAGCAAGGUUUCACAAGUUUAUCACUCUUCCUACUGUUUCUACCGCCAGACGUUUGACCGAAAGUCAAUCAAUACCUGCUGAAACAACCACAUCUGUUCCUUUAACUACACCUUCAACAAAACCAACACUGCACACAGUCAGAAGCACCACCGCUGAGGCAACCACAGCAUAUGAGGAGGUCACCACCACUAAGGCAACCACAACAGGGACCACCACUGAGGCAGCCACAGCAUAUGAGGCGGUCACCACCACUAGGGCAACCACAACAGGGACCACCACUGAGGCAACCACAACAUACAAGGCGGCCACCACCACGGAGGCAAACACAACGUUUGAUGCAGUCACCACCACUGGGACAGCAGCCGCCAUGUCCAUCCCUUUCAGGGUGGCCAGUGAUGUCCAGCAACAUGAGAAAGUUAGCUCUGUCAGACCUGCUGGUGUGUUCUGCAUUUGGCUGUUCGCAGGCUGCCUGCUACUCUGCCUGGCAUUGGCAGCGUCUAUACUGGCAACUGUAGCUAAUAUGGUCAUCUGGUACAGGAGGAUAUACAAGCCGCUAUGUAUGAAGUUAGCAGCUAGGAGAGGAACCAGUGAAGGAAUGAUGCUGUUAACGUACAACAGGGUCGAAGGGAAGGAAGUGGGAGGCGGAGGAGUAAUGGCGCUUUAUCGCUCUGUUCUGUUUGUCCACAGAGAGGCAGGAGAAGGUAUGGAGAGGGAAAAUAGAGAUGAGAGAGGGGAAGGAGAAGGGGAAGAAAGACUGCUUGUUGCUCUGAAGCCCACAGGUGGAGGAGCGAUAAGGGAGGAUGAAAGUGAAAAAAGUGGGAGAGAAGAGCGAGGAGUAUAUAAGAAGACCUUGUACCGUCUCUUAAGCAGAGAGGAGGAGAUAGAGGGAUGGAGGGAUGUGAUGGAGGAGUGCCAAGUCUACAAAGAGGAUGGCAGUAGAAGAGCAGUUGGGCAACAUCGGGGGAUGGAUAGACUGAGUAGCAGGGGUGGAGAAGGAGUAUCCAAAAAGCGCUACAGUGUGAUUCUGAGGGAGGAGAGAGAGGAGGUGGGUGGUGGCAAAGAGGAACUGGACUGGGUGGUGGGAGGAUGGGAAGUGAAAAGAGAAGGAGUAGAGACAGGGGAGCAGCCCAGGAGCAGCUGGGGGGAGUGGCUGGCACACUAUUUACCCAGCAUGCCGUGGGGGGUGACCGCACCUCCUGAGGAUGAGGCAGUCCUGUGAUAUCGUCAAUGGAUAGAGCUGCAUAGGCGAAACUCCACCCCCUCCAAAAACAUGUAUACUAAAUCAAUUGAUCCUUGAAAUAUUCAGGUCGUUGCAUCACUUCCUGUCCCCUUUUGCAGUCCUGAAGCUCAGUCCAGUCCUCGUAUUUUUCAGAUCUUCAGUGUGCAUUUCUAUGCUGAUGAUAUCAUCUUGUUUGCCAUCAGACCACCAGUACACCACGCAGGCUCUCUUAAAGAUGAGGGGAGCUUUUGAUGACCUGCAGACCUCUCUGUUAAUUUUAAACUUGUCCCAGCAGACAGAACUGAGACUCCCAGUUCAGUACAGCUUCAUAGCUGCUUCUAAUUUGGCUAGCAAGUGAAGUGAACAGCGUGAUUCGCCUAUCAUUACUCCAUACUUUUCCAUAUUAUAUUUUGGUGGAACAAUUGUUAGACACUAUAACCUGCAGGCCUGUGUAGAUAAGCUCACCAUGCACCACAAGACGAAAUGAAAGUCUUUGUACACGGAGUGGCUGUUUGAGCACAGGAACUAUCAAACCCAUGACAUAAGACCACAUCAGAGAGUGGAGACUGACCGCUGACCAGGGCUGGUUUCCAGAAUCACUCCUCAAAUUAACUGCAGCAAGUUGGAAAAAUAUACAUGCUACACCAUCCUUCUGGCCUACUUUACUAACCAGUGUUACUAAUCAAUGCUCCUCUGUAAUAAUCAGCUCACUGCAGACGUGUGAAAACUGAGUUUCUCUCCACUGUGGAUGCACUGAUGGACUUUAAAUUCAUUCCCAUAACAGUACUGUUGCAGUUGUAAUUUUAUAUGAUUUAUUUUGCAGAGACAGAUUGAAUUAAAUUCUAUAUUGGGUUUUAUGUAUAUGUAUUAUAUAUUAUUUAUAUAUUGUGAGGUGAAGUCCCUAUAAUAUUAUGAGCUGGUGUUUUUUUAAGUAUCAGGAAAGCUUUCUCACAGCUGCAGGGACGGUCUCUCUCUCCAGAGUAAACUCUCAGAUGAUGAAUCUUUAAUAUGUUGGAUGUCCUGAAAGUUUCCUGAUGUUGGUUACAGAUGUAGAGUUUCUCUCCUGUGUGAACUCAUGGAUGAAUCUUUAGGUCUGCAUCCAGGACAAUUCAUCACAGUGCUGACACUGGUGGGGGUCUCUGCAGUGUCUGCUUAUACCUUUAACACAUCCUUUUUUCCUUCCCAUCCCUGUAAUGCGAUCAUGGUGCACAUGUAAAAUAAAGCAGUACUGUUUCUGUGCAGUUUGUUGCAGAAUGUGUCUGCUAACUAAUGCAAAGCUGUUGUGCCAGGGAGAGAAAACAAAACUAAUGUGGGACACUGUCAGAGAUGGAGAAAGAUGGAAGAAAGUCAGAACAGGAGAGAGAGAUUUUAUUUUUAAAGCCAAGGAUGCUCAGUCACAUUUUAUGAACUGGAAAUUUAAAGCUUUCUUGUGAUGCCCUCAUUAAUUGUUUGAUUAGAUAUUUAUCAUAUUCGCAGAAAUAUUUUUUUUCACACUGUGAAAUGUCUUACAGAACAGGCUGAAGUGUAAUCCUUCUGAAUUAUUUAAAGGUUUCAUGAAAACGCUGAGGCAGUUUAAUGCAGGAUAAACUGAUUAGUUGCAGCAGUGAAGUUUAGUAUGUUGAACUGGUGCAGAGCAGCUGUGCUGUUCAUGGCCAGCUGCAUCAAGCAGACAUUGGUGAUGAUGCUGAUUAGACUGACUCAAUGAAUUCUACCUUUAAUAUUUCCUUUGUGGUGCCUGGAGGCUGGAAAUCAGCGCUGAAAGCUCAGGUAACAUUUAUCUCAUUAAAUUCAGAUGGAUAAAUCCACAAAGAGGAGCAGCACAGGUCAGCUGACCACCGAACACAAAGAAAAAUUCAGUUCCAGGUGAUUCUUUUCCAGGUCGCACCCAUUCUGACCCCUGUAAAAACUAAUAAACA